UCGGCGGCGCGGUGAUGGCCGCCUCGCUCCGAGCGGGGAAGCCGGCGGCCUCCGGUCACCAAAGCCCGACAGAUGCCACCACCGGAGCGCGGGCCGCCCAGUCCAAAGGCGAAGACGCCGUAGACGACCAGGCAACUACAGAGAGGGCCUUGGAGAAGGAAGAGGAAGUGGAGAAGGCAGAGCCGCAGGCGCGGGCGCCGGCUGAUUUUAACACCAGCUUUUCUGCGGUGAAUGAACAAACACAUGUAGGCCCGGAGGACUUUGUGGACUCUUUGGACUUUUCUGAAAUCCGCCACUCUAACGAAGAAUAUUUCAGGAAACUAGAAGAACUAAAGACUGCCCACAUGGAAACUAUGGCAAAAUUAGAGAAAAUGUACCAGAAUAAAUUAAAUUUGAAGGGAGUUCAGCCAGUGGUCAUCAGAGAAGAGACUUCUGGUAUUUCUUCUAGGUCUGUAUCAGAAAAGAAUUCCUAUCACCCUGUCUCAUUAGUAACAUCGUUUUCAGAACCUAAUUUAAGUCAGUCUUCCUCCUUGAUUAUGCUUCCUUCUGAAGACGAAUUGCCCAACUUAGAAAAAGAGUAUCCCAAGAAAAACAAAGUGAUGAACUAUGCAAAGGAGCUCAUCAACAACAUGUGGACAAACUUUUCUGUUGAAGAUUAUAUUCAGUGUAAAGAUGUUGAUGAUUUACCAGCAGUUGAAAAAGCAAAGAAGAAACCAAAAGAGUGGGUACCAAAGAUUACAGUACCUGAGCCUUUUCAGAUGACAAUUAGAGAGCAGAAGAAAAAAGAAGAGGACAUGAAAUCUAAAUCAGAUCUGGAAAUGUUACACAACGCUCUUGAAAAAGAAGAAGAUUCAGAAUGUAAGAAGAAAUUCCGAGCUAAUCCAGUUCCCACAUUCGUCUUUUUCCCUUCUUAUCAUGAUUUACUCCAGCAAAAUGAAGAACAGAGGAGAUUUAGGAAGGAGAAAAACAAAGAAGCUCUUUUGGCCUCACAAAAGCCAUUUAAAUUUAUUGCAAGGGAAGAACAGAAGCAAGCAAUCCGGGAAAAGCAGCUGAGAGACUUUUUUAAGUGUAAAAAGACAAGGAAGCGAUUUAAAGCCAAACCUAUACCUCAGUCUACUUAUGCUUUAACUACCAAUGGCAAGUUAAAAGACAAGCUCUGUGGAAAUACUAGGACACAAGAGCUUUUACAGAAUUCAUCUCCUCUGUCUGAUACACUAGCUUAUAAAAAUUUUGCUACAUGGAAACCCAAGUAUCCUGAGCAGACUGAAAAGUUGAGGGGUAAACACAAGGGUAAGUGCCAGAUUGCUGAUUUUGAAGAGCUUCCUUUGAGAUACCAAAAACACCUCUCAGAAUGGGAGCAUCCCAAACAGAUAACCUGCAAACCAUUUGAUCUUCAUGCAGCCUCAUGUGUAUCCACUAAAAAGGAGAAAAAUUUGGCAGACAUUGAGACAGAUGAAGAAGAAAAUUUAAAAGAAACACAUUGGCCUUACCUGUCUCCAAGGCAUAAGUCACCAGUAGGAAGUGCAAGUGCAAAGCCCAUGCCUUGUGACUUCUACUUUCCAAUGCCCACAGCAUCUUCCAGAGGAAGAGAACAAGCCACAAGGAAAUCACUUGAGGAAAAGAAAAUGUUGGAAGAAGAGAGAAAUCGGAUCCUAACUAAGCAGAAGCAAAGAAUGAAAGAAUUGCAGAAACUUCUAAUAAACCGGGCUAAGGCCUAUGACUCGCAUCAAAGUUUAGCUCAAAUGUCUAAAGCCAGAGUAAAAUCUCUCAGAAAGAGUGAAAAGGAAAGGAUGAGAGAAUAUCAACAAGAACUAGAAGAAAGAGAAGAGAAGUUAAAAAACAGGCCACUACUGUUUGAAAGAGUUGCUCAGAAAAAUGCAAGAAUGGCAGCAGAAAAGCAUUAUUUUAAUACCCUCAAGGCACUAGGAAUAUCUGAUGAGUUUGUUUCAAAGAAGGGCCAAAGUGGAAAAACAUUUGAGUACUUCAGCAAUCAAGAGAAGAAAAGUUUCACUGGAGAUAAAGAAAGCUUGAAUGAUGAAGAAAAAAUCAAAGAAACAGAGAAUGGGGAAGAAAAUUAUCUUUCUGAUACCAACAGCCAAGAUUCUUGUAAGGAAAAAGAUGAAGCUGAUGAAGAAAGUGGAGAAGAGAAAUUGGUUGAAAAAUAAAAUGGUAUCAGCAGGAUCCUCCUCUGUGACAAGGGCUUUGCAUCAUCAUGUAUUAGCAGCUGCACUUGAGUGUUAACAUGAUGGAAACAUUCUCCAAUCUGUGUGGGAUUCUUGAGCAAAGUCAUUGGCAAUCUGAAAGGGUCAAAUCCAACUGAUGGGUCAUUUGGUCAGUUAGAGGAAGACUUUGCCUAUUCUGUUUUUGAAAUUGCUAUGUGUGGUCUGUUGGCAACUUUGAGCUUGUGUUUUUAAAAUGCUUUUGAGAAUCACAACUGAUUACAAACUGAUUAGUUAUAAAAAUAUACAUUAUUUAAUUACUUUUGAUGGGGAAAAUUGGCUUAGCAUCAAGAGCAAGAAAGGUGUUGGCCUUUGGUGAUUUGAAAAAAAUUUUUGGAAACUAUUAAUAAAUAUUUUUAAAGUGCACUAUCUGCCUAUCCUUUUUCUCUACAGCUCACAAAAUGAAUCCUCAAGCUUGUUUUACUAGAUAAAGUUUCUUAUGUGAGCCAUUUUUUAAAAAGUAAUAAAAUACAGGAAAAAAAAAAGAUUCCAUUACAUUUACAUUCAUUUCUGCACUGAUAGUUCACUAUUAAAUUAUCUAUGCCAUCUUACCUUUCCCCUUUAUCCCUUGUUUUAUUCAAAAUUAUUUUUGAUAUGUACAGUAAUAGAAAAAUUUUCAUACUAAUUUUUAACCCUGUAUAUUAUGAUAGCUAGAUAUAAUUAUAGCAUCUGAGUUAUGAUUGCAUGUAAAUAUCAACCCUGUUUUAUAUAUGAUGAAAUUAUGGAUAAUAUCUUGCCUAAGGCCAGUAUCCAAAUUAAUUUAGGUUUAAUUCUUUAUUACUGGACCCAGUUGUACUCAACUUUUACAUAUUAUUGCAGAUUUACUUUGUUUCUCUGUGCAUGAAGUUAAUUUGAUUUCAUGAAUCAUUUUUCCUCUUUAAGCAUAUUUUUGUUUAAAAAGUCAAACCAGUCAUAAAGAUAUGAUAGUGUAAGACAUUUUUCUUUCUAAAAUGGUUUAACCUCCUUUAAAGCGGGUGAACUAAUAAAGGUUUAUAUAAUAGCAGUGUUUCCCAACUGGCAGUUUAUACUCUAAAUAAAGGAAGAAGACAAUUUAUCUCAAUCAAGGGCAAAUGUUUACUUAUAAUUCCUUUCCUACAGCUUGUGUUAAACUAUUUGUCACUAUCAAUAGAUUGUAGACUCAUUGAGUCUACAGUUUAAAAAGUCAUCUUUGUAUUCCUUUGAUAUUUCACAGAAGAUUAUGCAUAUGGUAGGAACUUAAUAAAGAUUUGGAUGAGAAAGUAGAUGAAUAUGGUUUUUAAUUAUAAUUGCUUCAAAAUGAGUACCAUGGGAUUAAAAACAUUUCCCUUCCAAUAUAUUGAGACCCUGUGUAAUACGGUCCACAAAUUGUAAUAUUUGUCGCGUGACUUGGCUCCAAGGAUUUCCUCCAUAUUCUCUCCCUUGUCGUUACAGAGAGCAUGGGACUUGACUUCAGGGCCAAUCUUCAGUUUUCUUUAAAAAUGGGAAUGGUACCUAACUUAGGUGGCUGUAGAAAGGAGUGGAUGAAAUCACGUGUGGAAAAGUUCUUUGUAAACUAUCUGAUUCAAAUGACAAUGUCAGAGGAAAGAAUUUUCCUGAAGAAACAAACUUUUAUUUUGAUAGAAAUAAUGUUUGACCACUUUUUAAAAACCAGUGCAUAGUAAAUAGUGCCAGACAUUUAAAAACACUGGCAGUUUCAAAUCAUUCAAUGCACAUUGCUAUUUUUUUUUAAAGAAAAUCUUCAAAUUAACAGCCGAAUUAUGGCAUUACACAAUGAUGGUCAAACUUUAAAGCAAAUGUUUUUAGGUAGUAGGUAACUGAAAACUUUGUGUCUUUGUAUCAGCUGAAUUUGCUCCAUAGUUAUUCUUUUCACUUAUAGGAUUGUUGCACCCGAUUAGCCUGUUAUCAAGAAGGUUCUUUAUUCUUUAAAAAAGGAAAUAUUAGUGGGUACUUAGUGACUUCACACUUAUUUCUUCAGAAGAAAUUAUCUGAGUAUUGGGAGAUGAAUAUAUAUGUAUCAUACAUAUACAUACAUAGACUUCCCCAAUGAAUAUAUAUUCAAAUUUAUAGGAUUAUAUAUACUGAAUAUAUAUUCAUGUACUAUAUAGUAUAUCUACUCAAAAUAUUCCUAAGUGUUUAUACACACCUGUAUAUGUAUGUAUGUAUAUCAGAAAAUUGUCAAAGUUAUUCUUUUACUCCAUAUUUUUAGUCUAUUUAUUUUAAAGAAAAUAAGCAUGCCUCUAAGGAUAUCACAUUUUUCUCAUGGACACUAUUUCUCAAGUUAAUUCUAAUAAUUUGAGAGUAGCAAAGAUUUCAACAUUAGAACCUAAGCAGCAAAGAUCAUAGCCAUAACAUAUUGCCUUUAAAAAAAAAAAAAACAACUUAGACCCUUCUCAAUCAUCAUGUGUUUGUGUGUAUAUUUGUGUUUUUAGGGAUUGUUUUAGAAGGAAAAAGUUCCUAUGGAAUCAAGUUUUUGUCAAUGAAGUUUGUCAGUAUAUUGUAAUCUAAAUAAAAUGGUUGCU